AAGGAGGAGGCGAGUGGGAGGUAUGGCAGUACGUCGUCUGCAACUGAUGCGAGCGUUUCUGCUGGCGUGCCUGGCGGGCACGGCGGCCGCGAUCUGCCCCUGCACUUGGGAUCCCUCGGCGAGCAGCCUGGACUGCGGGGGCCUCGCCCUCACGGAGGUUCCCACGGCGUGCUUUGACGCGUUUCCGGACGUGAGGACUCUCAACCUCACGAGCAAUGAAAUAACACAACUUAGACGAGAGGACUUUAGCGGCAAUGUCGAUAACCUAGAAGUCCUCCUCCUCGACGACAACCCCAUCAGCAGGUUCUUUCCUGACGCGUUUGCAGAGCUCACUAAUCUGCACGAAGUCAAUCUCCAGACCACCGUCUUUGCAGCCAUCAUUCAGCCAGGCCUCUUCUGGAACAACGCAAAGCUGAAUAGGUUUGUCUUGGGAGACGUGAUGGUCAGGCUGCCGAUGGAACUGUUUAGCCCAAAUCUCACUGCCCCUUUGGUAUUCGACCUGUCGCGGAAUAGCUACCAUCAGAUCGCUCCCUGCAGAUGCCUUGCUGAUCUGCCAGAGGGAAGUCAAGUCAUUGCAGGAGGGGUGACCUUUUGGGCACAGACGCGGGCUGAUGAAGAGAUCUGUAAGGGUUUCAAUGUGUCUUAUGGGCUUACGACCCAGUGUUAUCCUUUCACAGACUCGUUUAUUGAUUGUUCUAACCUUCCGGAGGAUAUGACGCCAGUUACAGUAGAGUUAGCAAUGGCAGAGAUAGGAAAUAACGACUAUUAUAUUCCGCCAUAUUUAACUUUCGCCUCAGCUUUCCAUGAACUCUUGGGGGAAGUCCCUGGCGAUUUCGAUUGCCUUCCUGGAGGAGUUGACAAGAUCUGGGAUUUUCAAGAAUAUUAUCAGAACACGGAACAUGUACAGCUAGAUACCUUGUAUUUCGACCUGUCAAAUCUCUAUCUGUUCACAUCAGAAAUAACACAAUCUGUAAGUAUCAGAGCAGACACUGUGGUACUCACCAGGCAAAUCACACCCGUCGAGUAUCAGCUAAACAUUGCUGCACGUAAGGUAGUUCUUCGGUUUCCGAUUCACUCCUAUGCAGAUACGUCAGUGCACAAUCCCUCAACAGACGAAGAUUUCUUCACACUCUCGCACGACUUUGGCGAUAUCAACGGCGUGAUCGUCGAAAUGUUCCGUCAUGGAAACGUGCAGGUCACUCUGCUGGGCUCCGAGACCAAACCUUGCGCGAGUCCACCUGAUGUGACUGACAUUCUGCCGGAAAGCACGAGCCUCACCCAGCUCGACCUCGCAGUCCAGUGCGGUGUGAGUCUUCUGGACAGGGAUGAACAGGCGCUCGCAGCAGCCCUUCAUAUUUCGUCUUUGGCAGAGAAUCUGUCGGCCGCUAGUCCCGCCGGCGGCAUGGGACAGGUGAGAAGCAGGGCUGCCAGCGUCAGGACCUUCGCUUCUUCUCGCCUGAGCAAAAGCAACGUCAGUGAACCCCUCCCUGUCCCGUACCUCUCUCUCAGCGUGUAUUCCGACAUGGUAGAUGAUCUCGCGUGGAAUGUCCAGUUCUAUAAAGACACAAUUGACAAACUGAGGAAUAAAUUGGAGCAGCAGAGCGAAGCAAUGUUUGACAUGAGCAUGACAUUCGAGGAGCGUCAUGCAGACCUGGAAUUCGUAUAUCAGGAGUCCCAGGCAGCCAUUACCCAAGCUCAGAGUGUGUUCGGAAGCCAGGAGAGUCACCUCAGCAACCUUCGCUCGCACGCAGAUUCGGUCUACGGACUCGUGUUUGAUGUCUACGCCCAGUUUUCAGAAGCUGCCACCCGGUACGAAGCAGCGUUUGAGGACUUCAAGGACGGCAUCAGAAAGGCGAAGGAAAGCGCGUUUAUCCGGGGUUGUCUCGGCAUCUUCACGACCAUCGGAAAGUGCUACAUACAAAAGGAAUAUCCGAAUCCAUCCGAGAUCGUGAAUUCUGUCUACCAAGCAAGUGACUUUGUGGACGAAUUCGAUGACCUGAAAGACGAAAUGGAAGAAUCCAUGCUGCUGAUAAAUGACCUCAUGAGAGAUGUGAUGGACAUUAUAUCAAAGUUGGAAACCUUGGACCCUUCUGAGGGCGAUGCCGGGACAGACUGGGCCGCUGCCUUCCCUGACACAACACAGCUCCUCAGCGCCGCUCAGAGCCAGAUGGUGUCGAGAACGCAGUGGGACGUCUCCACCAGAGGGGCCACUAUACUGCUCGAUGACGCCGAUAUGAAGCAGGUCUCGGGAUCGGGGCAAUACAGGGCUUCGGUGCUGGAAUUGGCCGAGUGGGGGAAGAGGUUCAGUGAAAAGGUGGUGUCCUUCGCGCAGCUCAUCCUCCAGAUCAAGGACGAGGAGGAAAAUCUGAAGGUGGCCGCCCUGGGCGUCCAGCAGGCCAGCGAGAAGGCCGACGCCGUCGGCCAGAUGAUGGCCACGUCCGAGACCAACGAGGCAAACUACCUGUCGGUGCUGAAGCAGCAGAAUCAGGUCGUCAUGGGUCUGAUGCUCGACUUCUACACGCGGGCCCGCGCAGACAUGCUGGCCAUGGCCCGCGUCCUGGACGAGUUCUGCCAGGCGCACCGCUACAACUUCUUCACCGACUGCGCCCCGUCCAACAAGCCGACGCCGGCGGACGACUACGACGCGAUACUGCUGAAGCUGAGCAAGCUCCAGGUCGGCGCCCUCGACUCCCUCUCGAGCCUCACGCCUCCGCCACAGCCCUUCAAGAAGACCUUCGACAUCAUAGAGAGUCCUUCGUGCGACGGGGCGCUCAGUAACUGCCCCGUGUCCUCCCUCAGGUCCAAGGGCGUCGCCACACUCGUCCUCAGCGACUGGUGGGGGUCUGAGCUAGACUUCUUCGACCGCGUCCGCAUCGACACUCUUCAGGUGUUCCUGUCGGGCGCCUCAGUCCCCUUCGACACCAGCGUCAUCCUCGAAGUGACUCAACCGGCGGUGUUCAACGACACGUUUACGGGGGCGAUCGACACUUUCACUGGCCACGUCACGCGCUGCCUUGUCAUGUAUCGCCAGGAGAUUCCUGACGGAAACAUCAACGACGCUACCUUCCUGACGGACUGCUCGACGCACCACAAUUACGACAGCUACUACUCGAGGUCAACGCCCAGGGGUCUGUACACCGUCACCGUCGUCAGUCCUGAUACAGACGUAACCUUCCUUCAGAAGCUCCAGAUCCACGUCGAGGGCUCCUGGAUGCCGCACACCAAAGCGUCAGAAGGAGACGACUCUUUCGCCGUUACUACUGAGGGGCACUAGAGGGCUCUUGUGCCGAAACACUGCCAAUGUCUGAAAUCUAAUAAAGCAUAAAACUACCCAAAGUCUGACCUUUUUAGAGGAGAUAUAUCACACUGUGAGUAAGUAACACUGUGCCCGGAGUUGCAGCAAGGAGCGGUUCCUGUGCUACACCUGGGUAUCUUUGAAUUACGGAAUGGGUACAUCGCUGCUUCACUAGCAUCUAGUGUAAGUUUCGCUUAAGAAGCACGAAGUUGGCACUUAAAUAUCAUAGGUUAUAAAUUAUAGAAAUUCACAUUAGCAUUCACAACCAAUUUUGAAAUAAAUAAAUAAAAAUAUACCCGUAUCA